UGUUACCUGCUCAACUGGCGUGAAUGAGUUAUUUCUCUAGCACCUAGCGAGGGUUCCGUUCAGCCGUAGGAUGUCGCGCGAGGCGGGCGACGUCGCGUUAGCGAAAGAGUUACAGAAGCUGAUUCUCGAGGUGUCGUUGGAGCAGCAGCGGGAGCAGCUAGCAGCCGUGCAGCACACCUUAUGCGGCAGUCCAGUAGCUAGAGGAAACGGGGAUGCGGGGGGCGAAUUCGCGGAGAUUCGCGCUGCGAUUUGUCGAUUAGACUUGGAGAGGCAUGAAUUAGACGCGGGGAGCGAUGAAUUAGACGCUCAGAUGGACGCACGGUCGUGGCUGAACGACGCGACGGAGGCCGACGACGUCGUAGGACCCGAUCGCGAGGCGACAGAUCCACGUGCAACAGACUCAGUCGCAUCGCCGUCGCCGGCUCGAUCAACGACAGGAUCGGCGCAAGCGGGGACGCCUGCAAGCGCGGAGAGAGUUCCCGCUGCCGCGCUUACCCCCUCGCAUUCUGCCGUCACCCCCUCGCCUGGUGCGCCCACCUCUUCGGCCGCUAGGCUUACCCCCUCGCCCUCCACCUCUUGGCUGACCUUCGACCUGCUGGGCGCAUGGAUCGCCUCCCCGCCAUCCGCCUCCCCGCCACCCGACGCGCAUGCCGCCAACGAAAGCACUGAUGCGGACAGAGCAGCGCCCGGAUCGGGUGGGGGCGAGCACCCAGUGGGCGCGUCUGUGGCAACUGAGGCGUCGCAGGAGAUUCGCACUCUGACGCCCAGACCAGCUGAUUCGGGCCCAGACGUGCUUGCAGAGAGACCAGAGGGGCUCGAAUUGGAGGUGGCGGCAGCAGCAGCGCAGCUGGAGAAGGAGGGAGGCAGACCGGCGAUGGUCGGCGCAAGCGAUGAAGACACUUUCCCUGCUGCCAGUGCUGCUGCUGCUGCUGCCUUCUCGGCCGGAUCUGAUGCAGUCGCAGAGCAGCUACAGGCGGCAGAGCAGCUACAGGCGGCAGAGCAGCUACAGGCGGCAGAGCAGCUACAGGCGACAGAGCAGCUACAGGCGGAUGUGGUGGAGGUUGCUGUCGCGCAGGCGGCUGCCAGCUGGCAUGCCACGUGGACGCAGUUGGACGCUGACAGACGCGCCGAGCACGAUGCUGAGCUGGCAGCGCUGAUGCACCAUGUGGCAGUGGUGGAGGAGGAGAAGGCGGAAGCUCUGCGGGUGCUGAGGGACAAGAGGCGGCAGGGGAGGGAAGAGCAGAGGGCAGAGCAGAGGGGAGAGCAGAUGGGAGAGCAGUUGUGGGAGGUUCGGACGAAAGAAGAGCAGGAGGAGGGAGGGGUGGCGGUAGACGCUGAGGAGAUGGAUGCGGCUGUGGCGUCACUGCAGCAGCAAGUGCUCGAGAUAGCCCUGGAGCAAGCCGUUCACGUGUGGCAGCGGCGACAGGUGGAGCAGCAGCAGCAGCAGCAGCAGCAGCAGCAGCAGCAACAGCAAGAGCGGCAGGAGCAGGAGAAUCGGACCCAGACUUCAAGGAGAGUAGAGGAGGCAGUGCCAGCGGCUGCAGCAGUUCCAGCUGUAGCGGCUGUAGCGGCUGCAGCUGAGGAAAGGGAGGUAAGGGAGAUGAAGGACGGUCUGGUUGGGACAGUCAUAGAGGUGGCCCUCCAACAGGCAGCUGACACGUGGCAUGGACGGGAAGAGGCGCUGAGAAGGUUGCUGAAGGAGCAAGAGCUGCAGAUGGAGGAGGAGAGGAGGAGGUGGAAGCACGCGGGUGAGGGAGGGAAAGGGCAGGGGGAGGAGGAGGAGGAGGAGGAGGGGGAGAAGGAAAAGAAAGAGCAGGACGAGAAGCAGGCGGAGUUGGAGGCGGCGUUGGUCCGGGGGGUGGAGGAGGAGGGGGAGGAGGCGGCGGUGGAGCGGCUGAAGAGCGGCGGGCGCUGCUGGGUGCAGACACGCGCAGCAGACAGCCACGCGCUGUUGGCGCGAGUGGGCGCUGCUGGGGAGGCGUUGAGAGCAGAGGCAGCUGAUAGAGAUGUGGCAGAAGAGGCCAGGGCCGCGGCUGUAGCGGCUGUAGCUGAGGAGAGAGAGGGGUGGGCAAUGAAGGGGGAUGUGAUUGGUGCGGUAGUAGAGGUGGCGUUCCAGCAGGCUGCUGACACGUGGCAAGGACGGGAGAAGGAGCUGCAGGAGGAGAGGAGGAGGGAAAGGGAGGGCACGAUGGCCCGGGAGGCAGAGGUGCGCGCGAUGCAAGGGGCGCUGCAGCAGGCAGACGACGCGUGGCAGGCGCGCGUGGCUGCUGCUGCCAGCAGUGGUGCUGCUGCUGAGGCGAAGGCUGGUGCUUUCGAGGAGAGAGGAUUGGAGGAAGAGAUACGAGCUGCUGUGGAGGUGCGGGUGAUGGAGGUGGCGCUGCAGCAGGCGGAGGAGUGGUGCCAGGCAUGUGCGGCCGAGGCUGACAACAAGGCUGCUGCUGUUGGCGCUGCUGCUGCUGCUGCUGCGGAUGCUUUUGAGGGGAGAAUCUUGGAGGAAAAGAGCAGAGCUGCAGCCGCAGAGGCGCAAGCGCGAGUGGUGGAAGUGGCGCUGCAGCAGGCAGAGGCGACGGAUGAAGAGUUAGUCUUGAGAGCUGCAGCAGCGGAGGCUGGGGUUGUGGGAGCAGAGGCGAGGAUAUCGGAGGCCGCAGAGAGGGCUCGAAAGGCAGAGGCGAGGGCAGAUGCGGCAGAGGCGAGGUUGGAAGCAGCUGAGACAAGGGCGUGCGCAGCAGAAGCGAGGGUGGGAGCAGCAGAGGCGAGGGCGGGUGCUGCAGAGGCGAGGGCGGGUGCUGCAGAGGUGGUGAGGGGAGAGGCGGAGGCACGGGUGAUGGAGCAGCAGCAGCAGCAGUCCGCGGAGGCGGCUGAGAUGUGGGGCGAGUGGGCGGAUAGGGAGGCUGCUUGGGACGCUGAGAGGAGGCAGCUGGAGGAGAGAGCGAGGACGGUAGAGGAGAAGGCGAGGGAGGCGGAAGAGAGAGCGAGGGCGGUAGAGGAGGAUGUGGGAGUGCUGCGGAGGAGAGCUGACGAGGCGGAGGGAGAGAGGGAGGAGAGGAAAGAGAGGGAGGAGGAGAUGGGACUUUGGGAGAGAAGAGGGGAGCGGGAGGAUGUGAGGGAAGGGAAGGUGCAGGGCGGAAAGGGGAGGGAGGGGAAGGGGAGGGAGGAAAAGCUUUUAGAGCUGCUGAGAGAGGCGGAUAGGCAGGUGGAGGAGGGCGCUGCCAGGCUGGCAGUUUCUGAGGCUCUGAUUGGCCGGCUGGAAGCGGAGGUGAGGGAGAAGGGGAGGAGGGUGGAGGAGUUGGAAGGGGAGCUAGCCGCUGCCCAUAAGGAGCUAGCAAACGUGCAGCAGGAGUUAGCAAGCACCCAACAGGGACUAGCAGCCUCCCAGCAGGAAUUAGCUGCUGUUCACCAGGAGCUGUUUAGUGAGAGAAUAAUAUCCAGUGGCCGGGAGCAGCGGUGCGAGGCGGUGAAGGCUGAGCUGGCGGAGGUGAAGCGUGCGUGUGACAGGCAGAUCGCUGAGCUGGAAGCUGACGUGGCGGAGAGGGAGGAGGCGCAGGAGGUGCUGAGGGAGAGAGUAAGGGCGCUUGAGAGGGGGAGGGGGGAGGGACGGAGGAAGGCCGCCAAUGGUUCCCGAGACGAGGUGGACGAGCAGGAGGAAGGGGAGGAGGAAGGGGAGGAGGAAGGGGAGGAGGUGGAGAGCAGGAGAGAGGAGGAAGGCAGGGCGAAGGUCGGUGUUCACUCAAGGUGCGGGGGACGGGCAGCCAGCACCACCCAAGCAGCAGAAGCAGGAAGAAGCAAGGCUGUGAGGGCAGGCCUGUCAAUGCUUCUGGACGAGGAGGAGUCAUUGGAGAAGCGACCAUCAGGGGAGGGAGUGGCAGCAAGCACGCCUUGGGGGGCGAGGGUGUCUGGGAAGGGAUUGGCAGAGGCGUGGCCGUCAGGGCAAUUGACUGGGCGCGCGGUGGCGGGUAGGGCAGCAGGGGGAGGCGGAGGGAGGUUCUUUGGGGGUAAUGGGGGGAUUUGGCAUGGUGGGAGUGACAGUAGCGAGGGGUAUUCCAGUGAGGGAAGUGAGGGGCCUGUGUCGGAGGAGGGUGACGUGUCACCCUCGCUAAGGUCACCUGAGAUAAGAGCACGUGUGAGAAUCAUCCCUCGGGUGAGAGCAGGGAGUGGGGAAGGGGAGGAGGAGGAGGGGGAGGUGGAGGGGAGGAUGGAGGAGCGAGAGGAGGAGGGAGAGGAGGAGGGAGAGGAGGAGGGAGAGGAGGAGGGAGAGGAGGAGGGAGAGGAGGAGGGAGAGGAGGUGGAGGAGGAGGAUGGGGUGGCGUUGCUGCUGGAAAUGGCGCAAGUGGCGAGAGCAGCACCGGACAACACAGCAACUGCAACAGCACAGGGAGGAGGAGGAGGAGCAGCGGCGGGUGGGGCAGCAGGAGAGGGGAGCGAAGUGACAGGAGGCAGCAGGGCGGAGAGCAGCUGGCUGGCGGACGAGGGGCGGUGUGCGGCGCGGCGAGUGGAGGAGGUGGAGGAGGCGCUGAGUGCGGCGCUGAGGGAGGUGCACGUGUGGCGGGGCAAGGCGGAGCGGCGCCAGCACGAGGCGCAGGAGCUCAGGGCCGCACUCACAGGGCUGCAGGCCAAGGUUGCUGGCUUUGAGGGCGAUGAGAGCAACGAGACGGGGCCUGCUGGCUGCAUGCAGUCCGAAUCUGCCCACCCUCCUGCUGCUGCCGCCACUGCUGCUGCUGCCGCCGCCGCCGCCGCUUCUGCUGCUGCUGCUGUUGCAGGCUCUGGUGGGUCUGUGGCUGUGAGGGUGGAUGAAACUGCUACUGCAGGCGGAGCGGGGGAUUCCGGGACAGGCACCCCUGGCACGGGUAAAGCGACCAGGCUGGGAGCACCAGGAGGAAUUGGGAAGGGUGUAUCCGGGGAGGUGGACCCCGGGGAGGGUGCAUCCGGGGAAGGAUCACCAGAAUCCGCGAGUGUGAAGGUGAAGGUGCUGAAUCUAGAGGUGCUGAACAAGAACAAGCGCAUCGCAGAGCUGGAGAUGCGCGUGCAGGCCAGCAAGGCCGCGGUCACACAGAUCGCCCGGAGCUACCACGAGCUGGACGCUGCUAGAGAGGAGGCGGACGAGUGGAAGAGGAAGGCGGGGGAGGUGGAGGAGGAGUGGAGGAGGAGAGUGGUUGAGGCGGAGGAGGAUAGGGAGGUGUUUAAAGAGAGGAUGGAGGAGUUGCAGCAGUAUUGGAAGGAGUCGAAACGGGCGGCGAAGGAGUGGGAAGUGGCGGCGGAUGAGGAGCGGGACAAGGUAGAGGGUUUGGAGAGGGCUUUAAGGGAGGAGAGGGAGAAGGUGGCGAGUCUGCUGAGCGCAGUGGCGGAGAAGGAGGAAAGGUUGUGCGAGUUCGCCGUUGAGAGUGAGCGUGAGGCUAGGGGGUUAAGAGAGGAGGCCAGGGGGUUGCGAGAGGAGGUGAGGGGUUUGAGGGAGGAGGUGAGGGGGCUGAGAGGGAAGGUGAGGGAGAAGGAGGAGGAGCUGGAGGGCGUGAGGCAGAACUGGCAGGUGGUGAUCGACGGGUGGGAGGACGAGGAGGAGGAGAGGAGGAGGGAGCACGAGCGGGAGAGGGGGAUGCUGGAGGGGCAGGUGGAGAGACUUAGAGAGAGGGAGGGGGAAUUGAGUGCGGAGGUAGAGAGAGUGAGGGGGGAGUUGGCGCAAGCACGGGAGGAGGCGGAGCGAGAGAGUAGAGCGCGUGAGGCUGCGCUGGAAGCAGCAGCGUGCGCAGGGACACAGGUGAGAGAGGCAGAGGGGGCACUUGAGCGGGCCAAGGAGGAGAUGAGUAAGCUGAGUGUGAUAAUAACGAGUCUGGAGCGGGAGGUGGAGACGCUGCAGCAGCACGUGGAGGAGCUGGAAAAGGAGAGAGGGAAGGGCACCGGGCGGACGCUCACGCACCACGAAGGCGAGGGGCAGCGCCAGGGGCAAGGGCUGGAAGAGGGGGAGAGGGAGGAGCAUAGGGAGAGAGAGGAGGAUGGGGAGGGGGAGUGGCAGGAGGUGGUUGAGCAAGCGGCGGGUGAGAUGGCGAAUGUGUGCGGGGCGGUAGAGGAGGAGUUGCAAGCGGUGGAGAGGGAUAGAGCGUGGUGGCGUGAAGUGGGAGAUGCGUUCCAGGGUGUGGGGGACAGCGGGAGAAGUACGGAUACAGGUGCUGGUGCCAUUGCAGGUGCUGGUGACAUUGCAGGUGCUGGUGCGAGUGCAAGUGCCGUCACAGGGACAGGGACAGAGGCACCAAUUGAGGCAGGAGAAAGUACAAGUCUUGUUCCGCAGCAGCUGCUGGGUUAUUUCCAGGCUUUCAGUCGGUUGAGUGAGAUUGCCGAAGAAGCAGACGCUUCCCUGCGGUUGGAAGGGAUAGAGAGGAGCCGAGGCAGGGUGGAGAAGGAGAGGCAGGAGUGGGAAGCAGCGGCGGUAGUUGCAGAGAGCCGUCAGCACCGGCUGAGUCAGCUCCGAGAGACGCUGACUCAGCAGCUGCGCUCCAUCUCGACAGCUGUCAGCCUGCUCGGGAAGCGCCGGCGCCAGCUGUCGUGCGAAGCGGCCUGCCACCUGGCGAAGGCUGGUGGCGUGGCGAGGGCUGCGGUGGGGAGUGUGGUGGGGGAGGGGGUGCAGGUGGCGGUGCUGGAGGAGGUGGUUCGGGGUAUGGAGGAGGCUUGGAGGGAGGAGAGGCGAGUGAGGGAGGAGCAAGCAGCUCAGCUUCGGAAGUACUUGGCUGAUUUGGCAGAGGCUCGGACAGCCCUGGAAGAGGCUCGGGGAGAGGUCCGGCAAGGGGUACGGGUGGCAGGGGAGAGGGAGGAGGGAAGGGAGGGUGUGGGAGGGGAGACGGUGGAAGGAGGGGGUGCAGGGUUGGAGGGUGCGGGAAGGGGGGGAGUGGGGAGCAAGGGUGGAGAAGAGGGGAGGGAGGAGUCAGUGCUGUGUCUGCAGCUGCAGGCGCUGGUGCUGCAGGUGGCUCUGGAAGCAGCAGAGGCGAGGAUGGUGGGGCGAGGCGAUGGGGGGAUGGGUGAGAGAGUGGCGGGGAGAGGGAGAGGGGGCGCUGAUGGAAUGGGCGAGGGUGGGGAGAGAAGGGAGGAGAGGACGGAGGACGGGGAGGGAGGGGAGGCGAGGAGGGAUGGUGAUGGGAGAAAGGAGGAGAGUGCGGGGGGUGGUGAGAGAAAGGAUGAGAGGUGGGACGAUGAUGGGAGGAAAGGCGAGAGCAGGGAGGGCGGCGGGAGGAGGGAGGAGGAGCGGGAGGGCACGGCGGGGUGGGAGCAGGAGGCGAGAGCGCGGGACCUGGAGGCGUUCAUCGGGCUGCAGGCGCUGAAGCGCGUGGAGGAGGGCGCGCUGCUCUCCCUUGAGGAGAAGGUGGUGUCUCUCAGGCAUGCGGUGGCAGGGGGAGAGCUGGAGCUGCUGGUUGUGGGGGAAGCGUUGGGGCAGAGCGAGGGGUGGGCAGAGGCAGUGGGGAGAGUGCUGGAGAGGGAGAGGCGGCAGGAGGAGGAGGAGAGGCGGGCGGCGGAGGAGUGGGCGCAGAUGCUGGAGUGCCAGCGGGGGAAGGCGGAGGAGGCAGCGGCGAGGGAGCGGGACGAGCUGGUGCGGGAGAUAGAGCGGCGGCAGCAGGUGGUGGAUGGGCUGCAAGGAGAGGUGCGGGGGUUGAGAGGGGAGGUGAGCGAGCUGGAGGAGGAGGUUGGGAUGAAGGACGACGAGGCGGGGCGAUUGCAGGCGCAGGUGGGUGAGCUAGAAGGGCAUGCGAGCGCACUGGAAGGGCGGGCGCAGGAGCUGCAAGGGCAGGUGCAUGGGUUACAGGGGCAUGUGAAUGAUUUGCAAGGGGAGGUGUACGGGUUGCAGCAGCAGGUGGAGGCGGGGCAGCAGGCGAUGGUGCGCGAGCAGCAGCAAGGCGAGGAGCGAGUGCGAGCAGUGCUCCAGCAGCUGGAAGCCACCAGAGCGGAGGGCGGCCGUGCUGCUACUCACGCCGCUGCUGCCCUGGCGGAACGAGAGAGGCAGGCGGAGGAGGAGAGGGCGCGAGAGAUGGAGGAGGAGCAGAGGAGGAGGGGGGAGGCGGAGAGGAGGAGGGGGGAGGCGGAGGAGAAACUGAAGGAGAUUGAGAGCCGCCUCAAGCUGCAGCUCGCGUGGCCCGCGUCCCCGCCCCUCUUUGCCUCUGCGGCUGCUGGGGCUGUUGCAGGUGCUGCUGGUUACGGGCUGUCGAGUGGCGCACCACAGAAGCUCCUACCAGGCCCAAGCCCGCUGUCGUUCACCCCUGCUGCUGCUGCCGCGCCCUCCUCUGGCUCUGCGUUUUUCACAGCACAGGGGGUGGGCGGGCGAGGGUACGGGGUGGGGGAUGAGGGCAGCGUACAGAAGAACCUGCAGUGGGCGCUGGAGCAAGCAGGGGUGGAGGAGGAGGAGCGGGGGGGCAGUAGGCCGCUUUCGGCUGCCAGUAGUGCUCUCGUGCUGCAUCAGGGGACACCUGGAGAAACACCUGGAGGGAUACCUGGCGAAACACCUGGAGGGAUACCUGGCGAAACACCUGGAGGGAUACCUGGCGAAACACCUGGAGGAACGGCAGCAUAUACACCUGGUGCCAAGUCACCAGCUUAUUUCACGCCGUCUGCAGCCACACCUACUGCCGGUGUCACGCCAGCAGGUGCAGGCAGCAGGCUGCAGCCGUGGUCUCCUGCAUGCAGCGUGGCCUCUGAUGGCGAUGCCACCCCCUUCCGUCUCAGUAUCUGCCCUCCAGCAUGCAGUCUCAGUGUGCCCUCCAGCAUGCAGUCUCAGUGUGGCCUUCAGCAUGCAGUCUCAGUGUGCCCUCUAGCAUGCAGUCUCAGUGUGCCCUCCAGCAUGCAGUCUCAGUGUGCCCUCCAGCAUGCAGUCGCAGUGUGCCCUCCAGCAUGCAGUCUCAGUAUCUGCCCUCCAGCAUGCAGUCUCAGUGUGCCCUCCAGCAUGCAGUCUCAGUGUAGCCUUCAGCAUGCAGUCUCAGUGUGCCCUCCAGCAUGCAGUUUCAGUCUGCCCUCCAGCAUACAGUCUCAGUCUGCCCUCCAGCAUGCAGUCUCAGUGUGCCCUCCAGCAUGCAGUCUCAGUGUGCCCUCCAGCAUGCAGUCUCGGUGUGCCCUCCAGCAUGCAUUGGCAGUGUGCCCUCCAGCAUGCAGUCUCAGUGUGCCCUCCAGCAUGCAGUCGCAAUGUGCCCUCCAGCAUGCAGUAGCAGUGUGCCCUCCAGCAUGUCCACUCUCCAUGGCUGCUACAUCAUGUCAACCCAACUUUUUCCCUCCCUUCUCCUUCUGCCUCCCCUCCCUCCUCUCCCCUCCCUCCCCCAACGUCCGUCCCUCCCUCCGCCAUCUUUCCUCCAGUCUACUGCAAGCGGCGGAGGACCGGUGGCGGCAGCAGAAGGAGGCGGUGCGUGUGGCGAUGGGCAACCUGGGGCGUGCGGAGAGGGAGGUGCAGCUGCUGGGGGACGAGGUGGACCAGCUCACGGAGCUCGUUGAAGAGGCUGCUGUCAGGCUCGCGCACCACGCCCCCAUGCUCCGCGGGCUGCCUGGGAUGCUCGAGCUGGUUGAAGCCAUGAAAGCUGCUGCCCUCAGGCGAGCAUGAUGUGAUGUGAUGUGUGGUUGCAUGUGCCAUCAAGCAUGUGUGUGAGCAGAUGUUGCAUGAUGGAGUAACGUGUAGCUGGAAGUGAUCCAAUACAGCAAUUUAGAGAUUCUCGUGAGCAUUAAAACAUCUGUGUGUAUCAGCACACCAUUGUGCCUCCUGAUUGAACAUGUCGUAUACCCUAACCUCAUAUAGAGAAGCGCUUGCAAGGGGUGCAGAGAGCGGAUCCAGCAUCAGCUCCAGAAUCACAAUGCACACUCCCUGCCCAUCUGGGCGACUCACAGGCGCUUAGGGGGUGUGUAAAGUAGGAACGGAGGCUCCGCUCUGGUCCCAAACUCCGUUUUU